AUGGCGACUUCGAUUAGCCCUAACACUCCGGCGGGUGAGCCACCUCCCGGAGAAGUCUCUAACUUCGUCAACCCCCCAUCGCAGGAGGGUGCGAUUAUAGCAUUAGAGGCAGUUUUUAUAACCCUCAUGAUGUUAGCUGUUGCUGUCCGGAUGUGGGUUCGGUUGGGUCCAGGACCGCGAAAAAACUGGCGAGUGGAUGAUACAACUUGCGUAUUGGCAGCGAUUGGCUCGAUUGUGCAUAUGAUUGUCUACACACAAUCUUUUCCUCGUGGAUUUGGUCGUCAUCUGUGGGAUAUCCGAGCCAUCACCCUGCUCGACCCGUCUUCUAGCCGGGUAUGCAACGACCCUGCCUCUCAUCACCGACUCUUUACUAACAUUGAAGAGCAGAUCUUGUCCGCCAAUGGCAUCGUAUAUCCAUGGGUAAUAUGCUUUGCAAAGGUCUCCAUUCUUCUACUAUAUAUACGUCUCUUCUGGGUGGAACGAACCGUAGUAAUUGCAGCAUGGCUGGGAAUUGUGAUCGAUUCUAUGCUCUACACGGCUUUCAUCGGACUAGGCAUCGGGGGCCUAUUAAAAUGUGCUAGCCUUACUGAACUGGAUAGCUCCUACUGCAAGUUCAAUGAGGAUGGCAUGGUGAUGUUCACAUCGGUUGUCAACGUGGUCACCGACUUCUAUGUGCUGCUUCUUCCUGUCUACCCGGUAUCGCAGUUGAAGCUAAACCCCCAAAAAUGGAUUGGGAUCGCUUGCGUGUUUGGCAGCGGUCUAGCCGCCUGCGCCACUAGUCUGGCCCGUUUGAUUAACUUUGCGAUUCACCAACGCAGUUCAGAUACGUUGUGGGUACAAGGUGUCAAUGCCAAGUAUACAUCGUCACGGAUGUCUAAUAGUUAUAAUCUCGAGGAGCACCCUAACAGGAAGACACAAGACCCUAUCCAAGGGGAUACAUUCGAGACUGGAGCUAAGCAUCAAGCUAGUGACGUGAUCUCCUUGCGGAGCGGAAACACGUUUCAUGACGCUCCAGUUUCUCCAGUUUCAGGUCUUUGA